CAAACAAAACCAUCUCUUCAACAUCUCAAAACAAAUGAAAUGAAACAAAGCAAAACCUCAUUCUUUCUUUAAAAAAAUCUCAAAAUUUCCCACAUCACCGAUUACCUAAUCAACACCGUCCAUCAGCCUCGAGACUCCCUAGAUCUGCAUUUCCAACCUCCACCGCCUUCUUUUACCGGAUAAUAGUGGUUGUUUGAGUAAUAUUCGAGGCGCGAUCCACUGGAUCAGAGAUGCCGGUGGCUGCUUCCGCCGUCUACUUCUUGAAUCUUCGCGGCGAUGUCCUCAUCAAUCGCCUCUAUCGUGACGAUGUCGGUGGAAAUAUGGUGGAUGCCUUCCGGACACAUAUAAUGCAAACGAAAGAACUGGGAACAUGUCCAGUGCGGCAGAUUGGAGGUUGCUCUUUCUUUUACAUGAGAAUUAGCAAUGUCUACAUUGUGAUUGUUGUCAGCAGCAAUGCUAAUGUAGCUUGUGCAUUCAAGUUUGUUGUUGAGGCUGUUGCAUUGUUCAAAUCAUACUUUGGUGGGGCUUUUGAUGAAGAUGCCAUCAGAAAUAAUUUUGUUCUGAUUUAUGAGCUGCUAGAUGAGAUCAUGGACUUUGGUUACCCACAAAAUCUUUCUCCUGAGAUUUUAAAGCUUUACAUCACACAAGAAGGAGUCCGCUCACCGUUUUCGUCCAAGCCUACAGAUAAACCUGUCCCCAAUGCAACUUUACAAGUUACAGGUGCUGUCGGUUGGCGCAGAGAAGGCCUUGUUUAUAAAAAGAAUGAGGUUUUUUUGGAUAUUGUGGAGAGUGUUAACCUUCUUAUGUCUUCAAAAGGUAACGUCCUGCGCUGUGAUGUAACUGGGAAGGUUCUUAUGAAGUGCUUCCUCUCUGGAAUGCCUGAUUUGAAGUUGGGUUUAAAUGAUAAAAUUGGUCUUGAGAAAGAGUCACAACUGAAAUCUCGUCCUGCUAAAAGUGGCAAAACAAUUGAGCUUGAUGAUGUUACUUUCCAUCAAUGUGUAAAUUUGACGAGGUUUAACUCAGAGAAGACUGUAAGUUUUGUCCCUCCAGAUGGUGAAUUUGAAUUGAUGAAGUAUCGUAUCACUGAAGGGGUUAAUCUUCCAUUUCGGGUAUUGCCAACAAUCAAGGAACUUGGUCGAACACGCAUGGAAGUGAAUGUCAAGGUUAAGAGUGUCUUUGGUGCAAAAAUGUUUGCACUGGGGGUUGUCAUCAAAAUUCCUGUUCCAAAACAAACUGCUAAAACCAGUUUCCAAGUUACAUCUGGUCGAGCAAAGUACAAUGCUGCAAUUGAUUGCAUAGUUUGGAAGAUAAGAAAAUUUCCUGGACAAACCGAGCCAACCAUGAGCGCAGAAGUCGAGCUGAUUUCUACCAUGGCAGAAAAGAAGUCUUGGACGAGGCCUCCGAUUCAGAUGGAGUUCCAGGUUCCGAUGUUUACAGCAUCUGGUUUACGCGUUCGUUUUCUGAAGGUAUGGGAGAAAAGUGGGUACAACACAGUUGAAUGGGUUCGUUAUAUUACCAAAGCAGGCUCGUAUGAGAUUAGGUGCUAGAAGCGAUUGAAUGCUGUUCUGAGACUUAUAUGCGGAGGACAUUGCGGGGAGAUUGAAUCAUUUGCUAGUUAUUCUAGCCAGGUUGAAAUGAAACCAUUGCUUCUUCAUUAACCUUGUUGGCAACAAUGAUAGAGCCUCCCUUUCCUUCCGAAAUGCAGCUACUGGGUUUCUCGGCCUCUUGAUUCAUAUUUUUGUUGUCAAUAUAUUAUUAUUUGGAGUGCUUAGUGGUUGUACUGUAAAGGCUCGUCCUUUUGGCAGAACUGAAAGACAGUUUUUCCAAUCACGCUCAACUGUUUGUUGCACUAUUGCCAAAGUUUCUGUUUGUAAUUUGAUGUAAUCAUUAGUGACCCGAGAUUGUGGUAAUUUCAAGUUCUCUAUCGAGUGGUGUUGGCUA